AUGGCGGGAAUUACUGCAGCUGCCGUGGAGGCGCUUCGAAGUCGGUUGGCUACUGCGCACAUCCAUACUCCUGGCUCGGACGGCUACCUGGACAGCCUCGUCCGAUGGUCAGACACGGGAAUGAAACAUGCAGGCGUUGUGAUUCAACCGAUUGAUCCCACUGAUAUUGGCACCGCCUUGCUGUGGGCUCAAGAGUAUGCAGUGGACCUGGCGGUCAAGGGCGGGGGCCACUCCACGGCCGGCACGAGCUCUAGUGACGGGGGACUGGUGAUUGACCUGUCGCAGAUGAAGCAGGUCUCCGUGGAUUCUACCCGCAAAACCAUCACGGCGCAAGGGGGUGCGACCUGGAAAGAAGUGGACGAGGCGGGCGCGGCGCGCGGCCUGGCAACUGUCGGAGGUACUGUCAAUCACACCGGCGUGGGCGGGCUAACGCUGGGCGGCGGAUAUGGCUGGCUCAGUGGUCAAUACGGCUUGACAAUCGAUAAUCUGCUGUCGGCGCGCGUAGUGCUCGCUGACGGUCGCCUGGUCACGGCCUCAUCCACUGAACAUCCCGACCUUUUCUGGGGCCUUCGUGGCGCCGGAUACAACUUUGGAGUGGUGGUGGAGUUCACUUACCAAGCAUAUGAGCAGAGGAGCUUGGUAUAUUCUGGCAUGCUGGCAUUCUCGCCGGACAGACUCGAAGUCGUGAUCGAACAGCUGAACGUGACACUGGCACAGCCUGACGCGCGCUCCGGGGCCAUGUGUGUCUUUGCCCAAGCGCCGGAUGGAUCAGGACCCAUGAUCAUCGUGAUUUGCUUCUAUAAUGGCUCUCGCGACGAAGGAGAGCGCCGAUUUGCCGGAUUUCUGGCUCUGGAGCCCUUACUGAACACUCUCGAUAUGAUUCCUUACCCGAUGGUCAAUACGCUACAGAACCCGCAGGCGACAUAUGGCGACCGCAAGUCAUUCAAGGGAAUCUUUUACGAGCCACCUUUGGAGCCACAGUUUAUACGGACAGUGUUCGACGAUUUCAUGGCCAAAGUCCGAAGUGAGGCCGACCUGAUGCCAUCUGCGAUCAUCUUGGAGUUCAUUGACAUGCGCAAGAUCUGCCAAACCCCCUUGUCGGCGACUGCUCUGGCCAGUCGGAACUUGACUCAGAAUGGAAUCAUCUAUCUUCGAUGGACUGACAAGACCAAAGAUCUCGAACAUAGGGCGUGGGCUCGUGAGAUUCAAGCCAAAUGGAAGGCAGAGUUGGAUGCGCGGAAACAGCCCCACGCUGCCGGCGAGAAUGUACCACAAUACAUCAACUAUGCAGAACCCGGCGACUCGGUGGUGCCCAACAUAUACGGCGAGAACCUCGCCCGUCUUCAGACCGUCAAGGCCGAGUAUGAUCCUACAAAUGUGUUCCGCAAUAUGCACCCUGUCCCACUUCCGAAAUAA